GGGCGGGCGACGUGGAGCGGCCACGUGGAGCCGCCCGGGGGAGGGCAGGCGGCUGGUGGCAAGGCACCCGCGGCGCGGCAGCCUGGAGCUCGCACGAAGCCGAAGCCGGAGCCCCAGCCCGGCUCAGCGCCUCCGCAGCAGAUCCAGUUCUAGGAAGGAUGUCACCUUGGCAGAUGAGAGCGUUAAUGCUGCCACUGCUGCUGCUCCCGCUGAGUCAAGCUGCUCCCAAGGAUGGCGCCACAAGGCCAGACCCUGAAGCUCAGCAGCAGACCCUGUCCAACCCCUUCCAGCCAGGCCCAGAGCAGCUCCGACUUCUGCAGAACUACCUAAAGGGACUAGAAAGAAUGGAAGAGGAGCCAGAGCACAUGAAUCGGGAACAGGUUCUCCUCUACCUUUUUGCCCUCCAUGACUAUGACCAGAGUGGACAGCUGGAUGGCCUGGAGCUCUUGUCCAUGUUGACAGCAGCUCUGGCUCCAAGGGCUGCUGACUUUCCCAUCAACCCGGUGAUCCUGGUAGUGGACAAGGUGCUCGAGACCCAGGACCUGAAUAGGGAUGGGCUCAUGACCCCUGCAGAGCUCAUCAACUUCCCAGGAGAGGCCCCUGGGAAUGCAGGGCAUACAGAGCCCAGAGAGCCCCUCGCUCCAGCUCCUCAGGAACUACAAGCUGCUGGAAGACAGCCCCCAUUGGCUAAGAUCCCACUGAAACAAGAAACCCUGGAAGCCCUGGGUCUCAGAGAAGAAGCCGGAGGCCAGGAAGAAGCCAGAAGGGAAUCCUUGGAGCCUAUACAGGAGGCUGGGCAUCAGGCGGGGGCUGAAGGAGAUACCCCAGGCUCCACAGGGGAGGCUAGGGGGCAGGUAGAGGCUGAAGGAGAUGCUCCAGGUCCUGGAGGGGAGGCCAGGGGACAGGUAGAUGCUGAAGGAGAUGCCCCAGGUCCUGGAGGGGAGGCCCCGGGACAGGCAGUGGCUAGGGACAAUGGAAGGGAAGGCAAAGAGCUUCCAGGAGAAACACAGGAGUCCAAGAACACCCCAAAUGAGUUUGAGGUCCAUAAUAUUCAACUGGACAAUGAUGAGAUGUAAGCCUGGAGGAGACAGGCCUGUGUCCCUUGUGUUCUCUGUGAAGGAACAUAAGCUCAAAGGGUGGGGGUGUAUACGUUGGAAUGAGGACCACCUCUGGGUCCCCUUUCUGGCCCCAGUGGAUGGCAGGUCUUUCUGUGCAGGUCUUUCUGAGCUUAGGGGGCCCCGUAAGUUAGGGGACAGCUUUCAGGCCCAAACAACAAAUAAACAAUGAAAUGAAUUCUUCCCCUGGGCCAUUUCUCCACCAGUCCAUCCCCGGCAGGCACAGGGCAUUGGGAACUAGACAGGCCUCUUGGAGGGGCAGAAAUUCAGCUUUCCCAGUGUGCCUGGGCCUGGGGUGCCAAGACAGCAGAGUCUCUAGUACUAGCUGCAGAUAACUCCAUGAAGAAGGCUCAGUCUACCCCUGGGGCCCAAACAACCUCCUGUUCCCUGAGUUCAGAUGCCCUGUGCCCUUCUGCAGCUCAGGACAGAUGGUCCCUAUCGCCCUGUCUCUGUGCAACACCCCCCAGUAAUAUCAGUAAUAACUAUCAUUUUAUUGAGAGCUUAGUAUAUACCAAGUACGAUGCUGACAUUUUAGGUUGUCUGAUUUUUAUCCUCACAAUAAUUCUAUGACCAGGCAGAAUUAGCCCCAUUUGACAUAAAAGGAAUUGCAGAAGUUGGAGUUAAAUAAUGGGCCAUAAAGUGUCACAUGGCUAAUAAAUGGCAGAAUUGAAUUCAGA